AUGUCUCUUCUUUCUUUUGACUUUAUAUUUUUCUCUUUUUCUUUCUUUCUUUCUUUCUUUCUUUCUUUCUUUCUUUCUUUCUUUCUACAAUAUCCCCUUACUUUUUUCCUUCAUUCUACAAAGUCUUUUCCUUUCUUUCUUUCAUUCUUUCUUUCUUUAAUUCUUUCUUUUGCAAUUAUUUUUUUCUUUUUUUUUUUUUCUUUCUUUUCUUUCAUUUCUUUCAAAAAAAAAAGAAUUUUCUUUUCUCUUUUUUUUUUUCUUUUUUUUUUUCUUUCUUUCUUUUCUUUUCUUUCUUUUCUUUCUUUCAACUUUCUUUCUUUUUCUUUUCUUUCUGCGAUGUCUCUUCGUUCUUUUUUCUUUCUUUCUUUCUUUCAACAAUAUCUUUCUUUCUUUUUACGAUGUCUUUUAUUUCUUUUUUCUUACUUUCUUUCUACAAUAUCUCGUUCUCUUUUCCUUCUUUCGACAAAGUCUUUUCCUUUCUUUCUUUCUUUCUUUCUUUCUUUCUUUCUUUCUACAGUAUCCCCUUUUUUUCUAUCAUUCUACAAAGUCUUUUCCUUUCUUUCUUUCAUUUUUUCUUUUCUUUCUUUCUUUCUUUCUUUCUUUAAUUCAUUCUACAAUGUCUCUAUUCUUCUUUCUUUCUUUCUUUCUUUCUACAAUGUCCAUUCGUUAUUUCUUUCUAAGACGCUUUCUUUGUUUCUUCAUACAUUUUUGUCCUUCUCUCCGCAUCUUUGUUUGUUUCUUUAUUUCUUUCUAUUUUCUUUCUUUUCUUUCUUUUUUCUUUUUUUUUCUUUCUUUUUUUUCUUUUCUUUCAAAAAGGCUUUUUUUUUUUCUUUCUUUCUUUCUUUCUUUCUUUCUUUCUUUCUUUCUUUUUUCUUUCUUACUUUCUUUUUUCUUUCUUUUAUUUCUUUCUUUCUUUUCAUUCUUUCUUUUCUUUCAUUUUCUUUCUUUUCUUUAUUUCUUUUUCUUUUUUAUUUCUUUUCUUUGUUUUCUUUCUUUUUUUUUUUCUUUUUUUUUUUUCGAAUUUCUUUGAUUCUUUUUCUCUUUCUUUCUUUCUUUUUUCUUUCUUUUCAAUUCUUUCUUUUUUUCUUUUUUUUCCUUUUUUCUUUAUUUUUCUUUCUUUCUUCAAUCUUUCUUUCUUUCUUGCAUUAUUUCUUUCAUUCUUUAAUUUCUCAGUUUCUUUCUUUUUCUUUCUUUCUUUUUCUUUUUCUUUUUUUGUUUCUUUCUUUCUUUCUUUCUUUCUUUUUUUCUUUCUUUUUCUUUUUUUUCUUUCUUUCUUUCUUUCUUUCUUUCUUUCUUUCUUGCUUUCUUUCUUGCUUUCUUUCUUUCAUUUUUCUUUUUUUUAUUUUUGAUUUCUUUAUUUCUUUACUUCUUUCUGCAAUAUCUUCUUUCUUUCUUUUUUUUUCUUUCUACACUGUCUCAUUUCUGUCUUUUUUCUUUCUUUCUACGAUGACCCUUCUUUCCUUUUUCUUUCUUUCUUUCUUUUUUCUUUCUUUAACGACUUUUCUUUCUUCAAGCAAUAUUCCUUUCUUUCUUUCUUUCUUUAAUGUUUCUUUCUUUCUUUCUUUCUUUCAAUUCUUUCUUUGUUUCUUCAUAAAUUUUUUCCUUUUUCCUCAAAUUUUUUUGUUUAUUUGUGAUGUUUCUUUCUUUCUUUCGUUUAAAAUCUUUCUUUCUUUCUUUCUUCAAUUUCCAUUAAUUAUUUCUUUUCAUAAAUUCUUUCUUUGUUUCUUUGUUACAUUUUAUUCCUUCUUUCCUUCUUUAUUUGUUUUUUCUUUCUUCCUUUAA